AUGAGUAACAAAACGAAAAGCACAUCUCCGUCUUCAAAGAAAAUCGAUAAAGAGAAUCGAUUAGAGGCAAAAACCCUACUUUCGACCAAAGCCGUUCUCCUCUCUUUGCUCUUUUCUCUAAUUUUUGCUUCAGCAGGCACAUAUUUAUUUGCAAAGCCACUCAUUGAUCCGGUUGCGUACAGUUUACCUGAAGUGCCAGUAUUUGAAGGUGGCUUGAAAAGAAAUGAGAAGCUGGGCAAAGCGGAGAAGUUACUCUUGGAUCAAAUCUAUGGCCCAGAAUCCUUAGCCAUUCAUCCGAUCACCGGCCAUUUAUGGGCUGGCCUAAAGACUGGGUUGAUCUGUGAGAUUGCGAUUGGCUUUGAUGAAAAGGUGGAAAUCAAGCGAGCCGUCAGUUUGACGAAUUUCACCGAUUGUGAUGGAUCGUAUUCCACUCAACCCCGUUGUGGGCGCCCGCUUGGGCUCCGAAUGACCCCAAAAGGAGAGCUAUUAGUGGCCGAUGCCUACUUGGGAUUGUAUAUAAUCGAUUUGGAUAAAGAAAAAGUCUCUAAACUAUUCGGGAGUGGCUCGGAAGUGGGAAACGAUUUGACGAGGCCCACUCGGUAUCUCAACGACUUGGAUGUGUUGCCCGAUGGAAGGAUUGUGGUUUCGGAAAGUAGUCAUCGCUUUGAUGAUCGUGAUUUCAUUCUUGAUCUCUUCGAGCAUCGACCGAAUGGAAGGCUUUUGACGUUUAAACCACAAAUUGGAGAAAUUCGAGCUUUGAAAAAAGAUCUCUAUUUCCCGAAUGGAGUCCAAGCGAUCGGUGAUUACGUUUAUUAUUCAGAGAUGGGAAUGGCCAGGAUUCAGAAAAUCAACUGCAAGAAUCUCGAAGGGAUUUUUGACAAAGGUUCUCUCUCC